AUGACGCUAGAGUCCUCCGAGCCCCUCUCUGCGGCCUCCAGCCCUGGCCGCCGGCGACGAGCCAAUGAUCCGCUCACCUCCAGCCCAGGCCGGAGCUCCCGGCGCACCGACGCCCUGACCUCCAGCCCUGGCCGUGACCUUCCUCCGUUUGAGGAUGAGUCUGAGGGGCUCCUGGGCACCGAGGGGCCCGUGGAGGAGGAAGAGGAUGGAGAAGAGCUCAUUGGCGAUGGCAUGGAGAGGGACUACCGUGCCAUCCCAGAGCUGGACACCUACGAGGCCGAGGGACUAGCGCUGGAUGAGGAGGACGUGGAGGAGCUGACAGCCAGCCAGAGGGAGGCGGCGGAGCGGGCCAUGCGGCAGCGGGACCGGGAGGCUGGUCGGGGCCUGGGCCGCAUGCGGAGAGGCCUUCUGUACGACAGCGAUGAAGACGAGGAAGAGCGCCCUGCCCGCAGGCGCCGGCAGGUGGAGCGGGCCACGGAAGAUGGCGCGGAGGAGGACGAGGAGAUGAUAGAGAGCAUCGAGAACCUGGAAGACCUCAAGGGCCACUCUGUGCGGGAGUGGGUGAGCAUGGCCGGCCCCCGGCUGGAGAUCCACCACCGCUUCAAGAACUUCCUGCGAACUCACGUGGACAGCCAUGGUCACAACGUCUUCAAGGAGCGCAUCAGUGACAUGUGCAAAGAGAACCGGGAGAGCCUGGUGGUGAACUAUGAGGACCUGGCGGCCCGGGAGCACGUCCUGGCCUACUUCCUGCCUGAGGCCCCGGCCGAGCUGCUGCAGAUCUUUGACGAGGCUGCUCUGGAGGUGGUGCUGGCCAUGUACCCCAAGUAUGACCGCAUCGCCAGCCACAUCCAUGUUCGCAUCUCCCACCUGCCCCUGGUGGAGGAGCUGCGGUCCCUGAGGCAGCUGCACCUGAACCAGCUGAUCCGCACCAGCGGCGUGGUGACGAGUUGCACGGGCGUCCUGCCCCAGCUCAGCAUGGUCAAGUACAACUGCAGCAAGUGCAGCUUUGUGCUGGGGCCCUUCUGCCAGUCCCAGAACCAGGAAGUGAAGCCAGGCUCCUGCCCGGAGUGCCAGUCCACUGGGCCCUUCGAGGUCAACAUGGAGGAGACCAUUUAUCAGAACUACCAGCGCAUCCGCAUCCAGGAGAGCCCUGGUAAAGUGGCAGCCGGCCGACUACCCCGCUCCAAAGAUGCCAUUCUCCUGGCUGACCUGGUGGACAGCUGCAAGCCGGGGGACGAGAUUGAGCUGACUGGCAUUUACCACAACAAUUACGAUGGUUCCCUCAACACCUCCAAUGGCUUCCCCGUCUUCGCUACCAUCAUCCUGGCCAAUCAUGUGGCCAAGAGAGACAACAAGGUCGCUGUCGGGGAGCUGACGGAUGAGGACGUGAAGAUGAUCACUAGCCUCUCCAAGGACCAGCAGAUCGGGGAGAAGAUCUUUGCCAGCAUCGCUCCUUCCAUCUAUGGGCAUGAAGACAUCAAGAGAGGCCUGGCUCUGGCCCUGUUCGGGGGAGAGCCCAAGAACCCAGGUGGGAAGCACAAGGUGCGCGGGGACAUCAACAUGCUCCUGUGUGGAGACCCAGGCACAGCCAAGUCCCAGUUCCUCAAGUACAUCGAGAAGGUGUCCAGCCGGGCCAUCUUCACCACUGGCCAGGGGGCAUCCGCCGUGGGCCUCACGGCCUAUGUCCAGCGGCACCCCGUCAGCAGGGAGUGGACCUUGGAAGCCGGCGCCCUGGUUCUGGCGGACCGAGGCGUGUGUCUCAUCGAUGAGUUUGACAAGAUGAAUGACCAGGACAGGACCAGCAUUCACGAGGCAAUGGAGCAGCAGAGCAUCUCCAUCUCCAAGGCCGGCAUCGUCACCUCCCUGCAGGCCCGCUGCACCGUCAUCGCUGCUGCCAACCCCAUAGGGGGCCGCUACGACCCUUCCCUGACCUUCUCCGAGAACGUGGACCUCACGGAGCCCAUCAUCUCCCGCUUCGACAUCCUGUGUGUGGUGAGGGACACCGUGGACCCACUUCAGGAUGAGAUGCUGGCCCGCUUCGUGGUGGGCAGCCACGUCAGACACCACCCCAGCAACACGAAGGACGAGGAUCUGGAUAGCAGCGCCUCAGAGCCGGUCAUGCCCAACACGUACGGCGUGGAGCCCCUGCCGCAGGAGGUCCUGAAGAAGUACAUCAUCUAUGCCAAGGAAAGGGUGCACCCCAAGCUCCACCAGAUGGACCAGGACAAGGUGGCCAGGAUGUACAGCGACCUGCGGAAGGAGUCGAUGGCAACGGGCAGCAUUCCCAUCACCGUGCGGCACAUCGAGUCCAUGAUCCGCAUGGCCGAGGCCCACGCGCGGAUGCAUCUGCGGGACUAUGUGAUAGAGGAUGACGUCAACAUGGCCAUCCGCGUGAUGCUGGAGAGCUUCAUCGACACGCAGAAGUUCAGCGUCAUGCGCAGCAUGCGCAAGACCUUCGCCCGCUACCUCUCCUUCCGGCGCGACAACAAUGAGCUGUUGCUCUUCAUAUUGAAGCAGUUGGUGGCCGAGCAAGUCACCUACCAGCGCAACCGCUUUGGGGCCCAGCAGGACACCAUCGAGGUGCCCGAGAAGGACUUGGUGGACAAGGCUCGGCAGAUCCACAUCCACAACCUCUCCGCCUUUUAUGACAGCGAGCUCUUCAGGAUGAACAAGUUCAGCCGUGACCUGAAACGGAAGAUGAUCCUUCAGCAGUUCUAGGCCCUGGGACCCUCCCGGGGGCGGUCAUGGGGCGUGCUGGCACUGGUUCUCCAGACACAGGCCAGCCCAGGGCACAGAGUGGGCUGGGGCUGCUGGGCUGAGGGUCAGGCUGUCUCUUCGGCUCCCACUCCGCUUCUUGCCUCUGGGUGGGAACUUGCAGCAGCCCAGAAAGUGGCUCGUCUCCACUUGGUGCCCUGCAUCUGCGUGCUCACGAGCCGGGGUGUCUGGGUAGAGCGUCACUGCCAGAGCUCUGGUUAUGAUGUGCGCUUCCUGACUCGGCUGCGUACCACCUCUGCCAGACAGCAGCGUGGAAGUGUCUGCAGGCCUGGGGGCUGUCCUGUGGGUGUCUCCAACCCCUGAGGUAGAAGAGGGUGCUCCUGUUUCUGGUCGUGCCGAGUCAGGGGUGGGUGUGAGCCACGAAGGACGGUCCCACAGCCACCACGUCAGCUAUUGCUAUAUUAGUCUGGCUUCUCACUCCAUUUCCUGCUUCGCUUUUUAAACCUUUUUCUGUGGUUUUAAUUUUUAAUAAAGUUGAAUUUAAUGAAGGUAGUUUGUAAAAUUCAGCUGGAA